UUUCACGCAUGCGCAAAGGGACCCGGCAGCUCGAAGUCAAGAUGGCGGACUAAGCGGCGGUGCUUUUCCACAGAACUUUGAUAUUGACCUUCUCCCAGCAAACACACGAACACAUACCUCAUACAUUCCUCUUUUCUCUAGCCCGCCAAACCCAAGUUGAAGUUGGAGCGACGGAGACUUUUCUGCAGUGAAGACGUGAGAGCACAUGGACGACUACUGCUAUGCUAAGAUGGCGACGUCAUGUAAAAGAGAAAGUGAAAGAGAAUCUUCCAGCAAAUCACCAACGGAGAUAAAGACCAAAAGCGAAGAUGAAGACACCCUUCAGCUGAUUGGUCUUCCAGAAAGUGUUCCUGUUCAGCUACAAGUGGGGAGCUCCACUUUGAAGCAGGAGGAUCCGCAGCCCCCCCACAUUAAAGAGGAAGAGGAGGAACUCUGGAUCACUCAGGAGGAAGCUGAUUACACCAAGUUGCCACUGACUGUUGUCUCUGUGAAUACGGAAGAUGAUGAAGAGAAACCACAAGCAGACCACCUCUUAGCUCCACUAUCAGAUAGUGAGGCUGAACACGAGGUUGAAGUAACUUUGAGCAGCGAUACAGACUGUGAAAGUGAUAUGAGGACUCACACUGACAACAAACAGCCUGAAUACUCUAAAGAGACAAAAGGUACAAAACGUUUUCUCUGCUCAGUUUGUGGUAAAAACUUUUCCUAUAAGAGAGUUUUGACAGACCACAUAAGGACUCACACUGGAGAAAAACCCUUUAGAUGUCCAUUUUGCGAUAAAAGUUUUUCUCAAAAGUGCAAUUUGACCCAACAUAUCAGAACACACACGAGAGAAAACACAUUUAAUUGUCCCCAAUGUGCCAAAAGCUUCUUGCAAAAGGGCAAUUUGACCGAACACAUGAAAAUACACAGCGGAGAAAAAACGUACAAUUGUUCGGUUUGUGGUAAAAGAUUUUGUCAAAAAAGAGUUCUGAUCCAACACAUGAGAACGCACACAAGAGAGAAACCAUUUAAUUGCUCGGUUUGCGACAAAAACUUUGCCCAGAAAAGAGUUUUGAGCCAACACAUGAGAACACACACUGGGGAGAGACCAUUUAACUGCUCAGUUUGUGACAAAAACUUUGCUCAAAAAAGAGCUUUGAUCCAACACAUGAGAACGCACACAGGAGAAAAACCAUUUAAGUGUUCAGUUUGCGACAAAAGCUUCUCACAGAAAAGCACUUUGAGCAAACACAGCAGAACACACACAGGAUAAAUAAACAUUUCAUUGUGUGGGCUGCACAGUUGGAGCCAGACCAAGUUAGGAGUACUUUUUGAGGUUUUUGUUUCGCUCUCUUCUGCAUGCCGCACAACUGUUUUUGUGGAUGCAAAUAGACGUCUGACUUGUCAGACAACUUCUCAGUAAAAAUUGCUGCCGAGACCCUGAACUGAAGCAUCGACGAUCGGUGAAAAGACAGCCAAUGACGCAGCAGGAAACUGUAUCUACGUCACAUAUUAUUGGAUUGUUCAUGUUGUUGCACACAUUCUUUGCAAUAUGUUCAUUGUGUCUUUUUUGCAAUAUGUUCAUAGUGUUUUUGCAAUAUGUUCAUUGUGUCUUUUUUGCAACUCUUCUAUUUUCUUCAACUCUUAUCUUAAAGGCCUACUAAAAUGAGAUUUUCUUAUUUAAACGGGGAUAGCAGAUCCAUUCUAUGUGUCAUACUUGAUCAUUUCGCGAUAUUGCCAUAUUUUUGCUGAAAGGAUUUAGUAGAGAACAUCGACGAUAAAGUUCGCAACUUUUGGUCGCUGAUAAAAAAAAAGCCUUGCCUGUACCGGAAGUAGCGUGACGUCACAGGUUGUGGAGCUCCUCACAUCUGCACAUUGUUUACAAUCAUGGCCACCAGCAGCGAGAGCGAUUCGGACCGAGAAAGCGACGAUUACCCCAUUCAUUUGAGCGAGGAUGAAAGAUUUGUGGAUGAGGAAAGUGAGAGUGAAGGACUAGAGGGCAGUGGAAGCGAUUCAGAUAGGGAAGAUGCUGUGAGAGGCGGGUGGGACAUGAUAUUCAGCUGGGAAUGACUAAAACAGUAAAUAAACACAAGACAUAUAUAUACUCUAUUAGCCACAACACAACCAGGCUUAUAUUUAAUAUGCCACAAAUUAAUCCGCAUAACAAACACCUCUUCCCUCCCGUCCAUAUAACCCGCCAAUACAAAUCAAACACCCGCACAACACACUCAAUCCCACAGCCCAAAGUACCGUUCACCUCCGCAAAAAGUUCAUACAGCACAUAUAUUUCCCCAAAGUCACGUACGUUACAUGCACAUAGCGGCACGCACGUACGGGCAAGCGAUCAAAUGUUUGGAAGCCGCAGCUGCGUACUCACAGUAGUCCUCCUGGUAAGAGUCUCUGUUGUCCCAGUUCUCUACGUCUUUGUCUUGCUGCAGCCGGCCGCUAAUACACCGCUUCCCACCUACAGCUUUCUUCUUUGCUGUCUCCAUUGUUCAUUAAACAAAUUGCAAAAGAUUCACCAACACAGAUGUCCAGAAUACUGUGGAAUUUUGCGAUGAAAACAGACGACUUAAUAGCUGGCCACAAUGCUGUCCCUAAAUGUCCGCUACAAUCCGUGACGUCACGCGCAAACGUCAUCAUACCGAGACGUUUUCAGCAGGAUAUUUCACGGAAAAUUUAAAAUUGCACUUUACUAAUCUAACCUGGCCGUAUUGGCAUGUGUUGCAAUGUUAAGAUUUCAUCAUUGAUGUAUAAACUAUCAGACUGUGUGGUCGGUAGUAGUGGCUUUCAGUAGGCCUUUAAGCAGUCAUCAAUACCGCCGCAGGACAGCGGCAGUAUUACAGUAUUUCUUUUUAUUGGGACUUCUUUAGCUUUUGGAUGAAAUUGGAUGUUUUGGAUAACUUGGUUGGAUUUGUUUUCUUUUGAUCUAAAGAGAAUAAUUAUGAAGUGAGUUUAGAUUUUACCUCUAAGGGGGGAAAAAAAGUACAACACUAGUAAAUAAUUCCCAAAUUUUAGACUUUUAACGUUUAUAACGUUUCCUUUUACGUAAAACUCGGGAAGGUCAGGGUUCUGAACAUAUGAUAUCUGUGCUUAUAAUAUUUUAAGGAAUAAAUAUCGUUCUUUGUAAAAAAAUAUUUGUGUCUGCUUGCAAUUAUUAUUAGUAGUGAAAUCUAGAAUAACUUACUGUUAUCUAUGAAACAUUUUAAUGAUCAUUUCUAGGUUGUCUUUUACAAGUAUGCCAAAUGUAGUAUAAGAUGUAGCCAGUGAAUGGGCACUCAAAGCUAAUCUACUGAUAAUAGAUCAUUCAUAUUUCAUACAACAAACAUUAUAAAAGCAACAGCUAUAUGUUUGCCAUAAAAAUAAAGAGUAGGGGACAGUGAGUGACUUUUGGCGCAUGCGCAAACAGGCGGAGUGUUUUUUACCCCAACAAUCUUUAUUUCUACAAUAAACUUUCUUUUUUUUUACAAUCUGAACA